ACCACUGAUGGGUUCCUUCUGCAUCUUUUGGAGGAGCUUUAGUUUAAUGAUAGCUAAACCUGUAAAAGAUUUAUGACGUUACCUGCAUUUUUUCACAGUCAUCUUUUUUGACGUGGGAAGGGUUUGUUACUGGCUUGCAAUUCUGCACCAGUGGGUCCUGAGCCCCUGGGCAGAUCCUCUCUGCAGUCAAAAGGCAGAGGCAAGGUGAGAUGGGCCAUGCCCAUGGAAAAGCGGCUGUGUAGUUUAGCUGCAUGUUGACUGCAACUUCUUAACAGAGAACUUGUUGUGUAUGUGGGCUUUGAAGCCUGUCACCCAAAGAUUUUGACACCUCUCAGGUCAGUGGGUUGUAGCCAGCGUCUUACUCGUUGGGACAGAGACUGUUUUGAUUUACUUUUUGGGUAACACUUCUUUCAUGGUGGCCUACUAUGGAAUGUAGUUAGUCAUAACCAGAGUUUAAAAAAGGGGAAAAAAAAAAAAAGAAAAAGAAAAAAAAGGGGUAAAACCCCAAACCACCCAGCCUGGGACUGUGGCUGAAUAACCUAACCAACUUUCUGUGGUUUCCAUGGCUAUUCAGAGUGCAGAAAGGAGUGCUGAAAAAAGAUGAAGACACUGGUAUUUUCACAAGUAUUGCCAAUUUAUAGGGUGCAUGUUCAGUAUUAGAAACUAUCAUUAAAGUCUCUCCAAGUAAUGUGGUACAAUGCAUAAAUUGAACUAUAUAUUCCAUAUAAGUAUUUGUUCCUUUAAAUAGCAGGUCCAGAGACCCAGGACUGGAAUAGCAGACACUUUGCUGGAUGCAAAUGGGAUUUCACUGGCAGAGCUCUCUAGCGCCUGGUUUAGGAAAAUGUUUCCCUUACAAAUGCCAAAGCUGCAUACCUUUUUACUUUUGUACUGUAGUUUUUAGUGUUAUGGCAAGUGUGUCCAGCAGUUGAAGUUCUCUGUGGGAUCUUUGGAUCUCUCUGGUACAGACUGAAAGGACCUUUAAUCUUAAUUUUUUUUUAAUUUGUUUUUUCCUCCCACAAUUCUGGAGUGGAUGAAUUAUACUUUCUUGGUACACUUUUGUUUUGAAAUGCUACUAUUCCGUUUGUUUACUGAGUCAGUAACUUACGAUAGCUUUCUUGUUUCUUGGAAUUGUAUUGAUGCUGUAAAAGUUAACUUAAUUUCACUACCUAUAAAAAAUUAAAUUGCCACCCCGCCAUCACUGCCUUCUAUUUUGAAAGUAUACUUGCACGAUGUGCUUAUGCACAUCAAUUUCCAGCUUUGGUGCCAGCACGAGCCCAUUCUGUUUAUUCCCCACAGUUGGAGCUUUGUGUGUUUUGGGGCGAAUUUCUGCUUUGCAGCAGCAGCAGUUUUAGCAGCUGUGUGCUUUGAGGCCUCCAUCUCUGCUGGCGUGAGAUCCAGCGGUGGAUGGAGGGAAGGGCAACGUGGGAGCAGGCUUGGACUCUCUCUGUUUCAUGUCUCCUGCAAACCCAAGAGCUGUUGUUGAGUGAGGCAAGGGCCUCUGCCACCUGCUUUCUGCAGAGCUGAAGGGAGGAAGCCCGAUCUUGGGUGUUGCAGCAGAUAGACAUGGCAAGGAAACGAUAAGCUGGGAAUCUUUUCAAGACACUUCUUCAAAAUAAUGUUUGAUCACCCGUGUUGGUUGUGAGACUCUGUGGUUUUACGUCAGAUAUGUGUCUGCAAACAGGCACAUGAAACUCUCUUUUCUGGGUUGGACAGUCAUUGGUGCUGGAAGAGGAAAUUUCCUGGGAGGAAAAAGGCACAUACAAGCCAGUAAAGUUUGUCUGGGUGACUCGAAUGUGGCACUUGUGAAUUUUGAGUCCCUUGUCAAGGGCUAAGAAAACCCAUCCCUCUUGUACAGCUGCUUGCUAGACAGCAGGGGAUCCUCUGAUCCAUGGUCCCUCUGAGGGAUGAGGAAACACUGGGAAAAAGCAACCUCGGUCUUCUUGAGUCCCUGGCACUGGCCACAGACCACCCCUGUGCUACACACCUGCCACAGUGAGACCCUCAAAAAUGGGAAUGCUGUGGGCUCAGGUCACUCUGGGUUGGCAGCACUGAGACCUGGAAGAAAUGUUCCCUGCUCCUGGCUGCCUGCUGAUGUCCAAAAAUGCUUCCUGUGGUCACGGCUGCUGGGUUGGCCUGCUGCUGCGGUAUUGCUGCCUGUUCCUUGUGCUGCAAAUGCUGCCCCAAGAUCAAACAGUCAACCAGCACCCGCUUCAUGUAUGCGCUUUACUUCAUGCUGGUGACUAUCAUCUGUUGUGUCAUGAUGUCAACAACAGUAGCUAACGAGAUGAAAACGCACAUUCCCUUCUACAAGCAGAUGUGCAAGAGUAUUCAGGCGGGUGAGAUGUGUGAGAAGUUGGUGGGAUACUCUGCAGUGUACAAAGUCUGUUUUGGAAUGGCCUGUUUCUUCUUUUUGUUCUUCUUAUUCACCAUCAAAAUUAACAGCAGCAAAAGCUGCCGCGCAUACGUUCAUAAUGGAUUCUGGCUGAUUAAACUUAUACUUCUGGCAGCAAUGUGCUCAGGAGCUUUCUUCAUUCCUGAUCAGGACACUUUCCUCAAUGCCUGGCGCUACGUAGGAGCAACUGGAGGUUUCCUUUUCAUUGCCAUUCAGCUCAUCCUGCUUGUUGAGUUUACACACAAAUGGAAUAAAAAUUGGACUGCAGGUGCAAAGCACAAGCAGAUGUGGAACGGUUUGCUUGCUCUGGUCACUCUCACGUUGUACUCCAUUGCUGUGGCAGCCCUGGUGCUCAUGGCUCUUUUCUACACACACUCAGAGGGCUGCAUGUACAACAAAGUCCUGAUUGGUGUUCACGGUGGCCUGUGCCUCUUUGUGUCACUGGUGGCCAUAUCGCCCUGUGUCCAGAAUCGCCAGCCCCAUUCUGGUUUGCUGCAGUCAGGCGUUAUCAGCUGCUACGUCAUGUACCUCACUUUCUCUGCACUGUCCAGCAAGCCACCAGAAACUAUCCUGGAUGAAAACAAUCGGAACAUCACAAUCUGUGUACCUGAAUUUAGUCAAGACCUGCACAGAGAUGAAAACCUAGUUACUGGCCUGGGUACUACCAUUUUGUUUGGCUGCAUUUUAUAUUCUUGUUUGACCUCAACAACACGUGCAAGCUCAGAAGCACUGAGGGGCAUAUAUGGAACACCCGAAAGUGAAGUAGCUCGUUGCUGCUUUUGCUGCAUGCCUGAUGGAGACGCUGAUGCUGAAGAGCACGUUGAAAAAAGGGGAGGCCAGUCUGUGAUUUAUGACGAGAAGAAAGGCACGGUGUACAGUUAUGCCUAUUUCCACUUUGUUUUCUUCUUGGCUUCGCUCUACGUGAUGAUGACAGUAACUCACUGGUUCCAUUAUGAAAGUGCUCAGAUUGAAAAGUUCUUCACCGGAACCUGGUCCAUCUUCUGGAUUAAGAUGGCCUCAUGUUGGGUUUGUGUCUGCCUGUACCUGUGGACUCUCAUUGCUCCACUCUGUUGCCCAACCAGAGAGUUCUCAGUGUGAACACUCAGAAAGUCUUUCUGGGUUUAUAUAUUUUUUUCUCCCUCCCCCAUCCUCCCCCCCCCCCUUACAAAUAAAAUACAAGUAAUUUUGUAAUGAGGAAACACCUAUUUCCCCAUUUAUCAUAAGGUACCUGUGAGUAAGUUUUUAGUCUGACUAAAGACAGGAUUGAAGACUUUUUUUUACCUUUUUAAAUUUUCACGAACAAGCAUUACCUAAGAGAUUACAAAUCUCUUCCAAAUCUUUGUAAUAUUGAUGUGUGGAGUGUAGGAAACAGAGUUUUUGCAUAAAUUGAAGUAAGAAAAUGCUUUUAAAAUAACUGACAAUCUUUCUCUGGCUUCAUUGGCCAGA